CAGACGUUUAGCUGUAUGUACAUCAGCUGUACAGAAUCGAAGUGAAAAGCCGUGUUAAAGAAAAUAGAUAGUGAGAAGUGUUCAGUGCUCAGUGGUGUCACUUUAACAUCAUUUUGACGUCGUGAUGACUCCCUGUUCUGCUUGGGUAGCUUUGUUGCAAGUGCAGCUUCUUAGAAGAUAUAAUAUAGAUAACAAAAUAUAAGGAAAGAGGAUGUCAGCUCCUAAAUCAAGUUUAUGGUGUAUCGUAAAGAAGUGUAACAAUACAAAGAAAAGACACUUCUUUUUAUUUCCAAAGGAAUAUGAUAGAUGGUUGCAAUGGAUACGUGCAUGUGAAAGGUUUGAUUUAAAAGUAAUGGGACCCGAAUACGCUCAUUGCAAUUAUCGACUGUGCCACUUGCAUUUUGAAGAAAAGUGGUACAAAAUAGGCAAAAGUAGAGCCAAUCUUCAUCCUGAUGCAAUACCAACUAUAUUUUUUGGAACAAACAAUACAUCUGUGACACCAGAAAACGUUGGAAAUAUAGUUGAGGCUUGUCAAGAAGAAGAAACAAGCAGCACUAUCCAGUCAACAGAAAUAUUGCCCAUGGAUACUUAUGCCGACAUUGCUAAACCGAGUACAUCCAGCAGCACUGAUUCGUCAACUGUGACAGAAAGUCAGAGGAAAAGGAAAUUAAAAGACAGAAAUUUGAAGUUAAAGGCAGAAAAUAAAAUGCGAGAAAGAAUUAGACGGCUUCAAAAGAAGAUCGAGAAAUUGGAUAAUAUAAAAAAAAAAUAAAGAACAUGAAAGUCUUCGUCAGUUAGGUUGUAAGUUACUACUUUUAAAUGUGGCACAAUUAUUAUCUGCAUAGAUUGAUGCCCAAAUUAAAAGCAAAUAUAAAAGAAGAUACAGAUUUUAAACAAUUUGCGUUGCGGUUAUAUUUUGUAAGCCCGCAAAAAUUAUCGAGAAAUUACUUAAGAAACAAUUCGCAUUACCUUCCAUACGUGGUCUUCAAUCAUUUACACAAACAUAGAAAAUUAAUCCCGGGAUAAAUAAUAACAUUUUUGAUGUUUUGUCUGUCAAAAUAAAUUUCUUGCCGCCUUUAGAACGACAUUGUAUAUUAUGCAUAGAUGAAAUGAGUUUGAAAGCUCAUUUAUUUUACAACAUUUCACAAGAUGAAAUAAUUGGGUUUGAAGACAAAGGUAACGAAAAAUCAGCAAAAAAUGCUUUAGCUAUAAUGGUACGCAGCAUUGCAGGGGAUUGGAAACUUCCAGUUUGCUUUUGUUUUGUGGAAACAUCAUGUAAAUCAAACGUAAUAAAACCUAUUAUAUUUGAUAUUAUUCGGAAAUUGCAAGGUUGUGGUGUUAAUGUGCACGCUUUAAUUUCGGAUAUGGGUUCUAAUUUUAUGCAGCUAUCUUGUGAAUUGAGUAUUUUAACAGAAAAUUGUACAAUUUUAGUUGAUAAUUUUAAAAUAUUAUAUAUAUUUGAUACACCCCAUUUGAUGAAAAAAAUACGCGAUAAUUUACUUAAACAUCGUAUACAAUUUGGAAUGAACAAAGUUGCACUAUGGGCUCACAUUAUAGAAUUUUAUAAUAGAGAUAGCAAACAAUGGAUCAAAACUGCUCUAAAGCUAUCUAAAAAUCAUGUAGAACCUACAAGUUUUCAAAAAAUGAAAGUUAAUAUAAAUAUUUAAAUUUUAAGUAAUCGCGUAGCUGCGGGCACGUGUACACAAAUGUCCUUCAGUUUCUUUCAAGUGAAGCAGUAGGAACAAUAGAUUAUAUUGAUUAUUUUGAUAAGUUAUUUGAUGUGUUAAAUUCCUCUUCAAUAAAUAGUCUUAAAGAAUAUAGAAAAGUAUUUACCGGAAGCAAAAAACAAAAUCAAUUUUUAGAACAAAUGAUAAAUUUUUUAAAAACUAUAAAUGUCAUCAAUAAAAAUAAUGUAUACGUAUUAAAGUAAACUGUUUUGAAUGUUGGCAGAUUACAAUUAAAAGUAUAAUGUUACUUUGGAAGAAAUUUAAAAUGUUAUGGAUUUCCACAUUUACGCACACGUAAAAUAAAUCAAGAUUGUCUUGAAAAUUUCUUUGGUUCUAUUAGGCAACAAAACGGUAAUUGUCUGAAUCCGACAUUAAUACAGUUUACUCGCGUUUUCAAAAAAAGUUUUAGUAUGAAAGUUUUACAGCACACAGAUACGCAAAAUUGUACUGCAGACACAAAUAAAAUGUUAAAUUUAAUUGGA